ACUCCUCCUUUUGAAAUGAAGGAGCUGGGCACAGACGUGAAGGCAGAGAUGUCUCCAGUCCUCGCCUGCUUGCUGGUUAUCAUGGCAUGCUGCUCGGGAUGCCAACACCAUGCCUGCCGUUGCGUGGGAACGGUCUUCAUUUGUGAGGAGAGCAAAGUGGUCCAGGUUCCCCGGGACAUCCCUGCCAACACCACCGAACUGAGAUUUGUCCUCACCAAGAUGAGAGUCAUUCCAAAAGGAGCUUUCAGAGGACUCACUGACCUCGAGAAAAUAGAGAUCUCACAGAAUGAUGCCUUGGAGGUCAUAGAGGGAAAUGUGUUUUCCGACCUUCCCCAACUACAUGAAAUAAGAAUUGAGAAAGCCAACAACCUCGUGUACAUUGAUCAGGAUGCCUUCCAAUACCUUCCGAGCCUCAGAUACUUGUUGAUAUCAAACACUGGCCUUCGGUUUUUACCUGCUGUCCAUAAGGUGCACUCUUUCCAUAAAGUUUUGCUGGAUAUUCAAGACAAUCUCAACAUACGUACAAUUGAAAGGAAUUCAUUCAUGGGCCUCAGUUCUGAGAAUCUGAUUCUAUGGCUGAAUAAAAAUGGGAUUCGGGAAAUAGAGGAUCAUGCAUUUAAUGGAACCUUCCUGGAUGAGCUAAAUCUAAGUGAUAAUCACAACCUCGAAAGACUACCAAAUGAGGUCUUCCAAGGAGCCAGUGGGCCUAUUGUUUUGGAUAUUUCAAGGACGAGAAUCAGCUUCCUGCCAAGUCAUGGAUUAGAACUCAUUAAGAAGCUAAGAGCAAGGUCUACAUACAAUUUAAAAAAGCUUCCUGAUUUAAGCAAAUUUAGAGCUUUGAUUGAGGCAAACUUCACCUAUCCCAGCCAUUGCUGUGCAUUUACAAACUGGAAAAGACAAAACACUGAAUUACAUCCAAUAUGUAGUAUAUCAUCUCAGAACAAGCAAGACCUUGAUGAGGAGCAGCCUGGCAAUAAGAUACGUAGACAAUCUGCAGCUGAAGAGGAGAGUUCCAGCUAUGGCGUAGGAUUUGAUCCAGCAGAGAAUGAAUUUGACUAUGGUUUGUGCAAUAAAGUAGUUAAUGUAGCUUGCUCACCUAAACCUGAUGCUUUCAAUCCAUGUGAAGAUAUCAUGGGCUACAAUACUCUGAGAAUUCUGAUAUGGUUUAUCAGCAUUUUAGCUAUCACUGGGAACAUUGUUGUCCUCAUUAUUUUAAUAAGCAGCCAAUACAAACUCACCGUACCUCGCUUUCUAAUGUGCAAUCUUGCCUUUGCAGACCUCUGCACAGGUAUCUACCUAUUGUUUAUUGCAUCAGUAGAUAUCCAGACCAAAAGCCAGUACUACAACUAUGCCAUAGACUGGCAAACUGGGGCAGGAUGCAAUGCUGCAGGAUUUUUCACAGUGUUUGCAAGCGAGCUCUCAGUCUACACACUGACUGUGAUAACGCUGGAAAGGUGGCACACCAUCACCUAUGCCAUGCAGCUGCACCGCAAGGUUCGACUUCGUCAUGCUGUGAUUGUAAUGAUUUUUGGCUGGUUGUUUGCUUUCACAGUGGCACUUCUUCCCAUAGUUGGAGUCAGCAGCUACAUGAAGGUCAGCAUCUGUUUGCCCAUGGAUAUAGAAACACUGUUUUCUCAGGGUUACGUUGUAUUUCUUUUAGUGUUGAAUGUACUCGCGUUUAUGAUUAUAUGUGCCUGCUACAUCUGCAUCUACUUUACUGUGAGAAACCCUAAUGUGGUCUCUUCAAACAGCGACACCAAGAUUGCCAAGCGCAUGGCCAUACUGAUCUUCACAGAUUUCCUCUGCAUGGCACCAAUAUCUUUCUUUGCAAUAUCAGCCUCACUCAAGGUUCCUCUCAUCACAGUCUCCAAAUCCAAGAUCCUUCUGGUUUUGUUUUAUCCCAUCAAUUCCUGUGCAAACCCUUUCCUCUAUGCCAUUUUCACAAAGACUUUCCGCAGGGAUUUCUUCAUUUUAUUGAGCAAGUUCGGUUGCUGUGAAAUGCAAGCCCAGAUUUACAGAACAGAGACGACCUCAUCUGCUCAUAAUUUCCACACGAGAAAUGGCCAUUGCCCUCCUGCAUCAAAAAGCAGUGAUGGAACUACUUACACAUUGGUUCCUCUGAAUCACUUAAAAUGAGCGCAUGAAUUCGUGUCUGAGGCAGCGUGAUAACCAGUUUCAACUGUGAAUUUGAAUAAUGACGUUAGCAUGGCUUCUAAACUAUUUUCUUUAAUAAGAAU